AUGACGAAAAAGAAGUUGGUUGAUUGUAAAGGGUGCAAAAUUAAUAUAACAAAAACGCAGAGCUGUAUGAGAUGUAAUGGAGACUGUCAGGGAUGGUUUCACAAAAAGUGCACAAAACUCAACAACGAAGAUUAUGAUAUUUUUUGUGAUAAAAAAUCAAAUAAGAAGUGGAUCUGUAACAGCUGCGAAGAAUCUUCAUCUUCAUCUGAAAAUGAAGAUAGUCAUGAUGAAAGUAAUUUGGAAGAAAUGAGUGGAAAAUUAAUAAAUAAUAAUGGAAAUAAGAAGAGAAAUUCCAGUGCUAGUAAAAUCAGAGGAAGUGGGACUAUUGAGAAGAAUGCAGAUCCUUCUAAUAGAGAACUCAUGCAAUUCAUGACUAAAAAAUUCUCUGAUUUGGAAGAAUCUGUGAAAUUCAAUGCAGAAGUAAUGGAUGAGCUGCAGGCAUCUAUAAAAGCCUUAACUAAAGAAAAUGCAGUAUUAAGGAAAGAGCAAAAAGUUUUCAAAAGCAGGCUGGAGGAUCUUGAAGUAAAGCUGAAUAACCUCAACUAUUUGGCUGAAAAGGAGGAAGUGGAACAGAAAAACAAAAAUGUUGUUGUUUUUGGCCUCAUGGGUGGAGACACAGCCAAAGAUGACAUUAAGAAAAUAUUACAAAAACUGGAUGCUAGGAUUGAUGAGGGUGAUUACAAUCUACAGACACUACCUAGUAAGGAAACUAGAAAACCAGUCUUAGUAAAGCUGAAGGACAAAACGAGCAGAGAUAGAUUACUAGAAGUGAUGAAAAACAAGAAAAUAAAUACUCUCCACUGUGGAAUUUCUGGAGAGGACAAACGUAUCUACAUAAAUGAGGAUCUGCCAAGGAGUGUUAGACUAUUAUUAAAUAAAGCUAAAAGUCUCAAAAGUCAUAAUUUCAAAUAUGUAUGGUGUAAAAAUGGGACUGUUUAUGCUAGAAAAGAUGAGGGAGAAAGGUUUAUAAGAAUAAAGAAUUCUCUACAAGUCGAUUCUAUCAUAAACUCCUAA